AUGGCUAAGCGGACGAGAGAUGAAGAUCUAGACUCAGAGUUUGAGUUCUCUUCCGAAGCGAAGAAGAGGACGUGGCGAGAUGAUCCUCUUGCUGCGUCUAAGAGUGGCGGAACGAGCGGACCCCGGCACUCGGUGCCCGUCCCCUCCAAGCAGCUGGUGACUCAGGAGUACGACAAGGAAGAGUGGAGGGCGAGGCGGUUCCACUACCUCGCCAUGGACGCCUACUCCCGCCACAAGGCCCUCGUCAACCACUACCUUCUGUUCAGCGGCCACGGGAUCGAACACCUGAAGCGCUCCACGGACAAAGACCGUAACGACUACUCCGUACUGGGAGAGGAGCAUAGGUUUCUAUGGACGGAGAAGGACGCGCCCGACACGUGGGAAAAGAAGCUAGCAAAGUCGUACUACGACCGUCUGUUCAAGGAGUAUGCCAUAUGUGACUUGAGCCGGUACAGGGAGAACAAGAUUGCUCUGAGGUGGCGGGUGGAGAAGGAGCUGGUGGACGGGAAGGGACAGUUUUCCUGUGGAAACAAACACUGCAGUGAGCUAAGGGACCUCCAAAGCUGGGAGGUCAACUUUAACUACUUGGAGCACGGCCAAAAGAAACAGGCACUGGUAAAAGUUCGACUCUGCAAAGAGUGCUCAGUGAAACUCAACUUCCAUCACAAGAGAAGGCCGUGGAAGAGAAAGGAAAAGAAAAAGGGAGAGGACACGGAAGAGCCCACAUCAUCCAAGAAAAGGCACAAAAAGAGUAAGACCAAGAAGGACAAGAAGAAGCAUAAACAUAGACACAGGGAGGGGAGGAAAGGUUCAGGGUCAGAAGAGAGUGGGUCGGGAGGGGAGUCAGAGGCUGAGACUGCCGGGGAAGGGGGCAGCUCUGUGUGGAGACAGAGUGCUGCAGCCACACUGGAGGAGAAGUCACAGGAGGACGAGUUCGAGGACUACUUCAAGGACAUGCUUUUGUAG